AUGUUUGCUGAAUGCAAGGCGUCCCAGUGUUACCCCAAGCUUCUUGGCCUCGUCGCUUCCACGCCCGUCGGCUGCCUGCCGUACGUCAACAGCUGCGGCGCGGGCGCGGCCUUCUGCAGCACCGGAUCAUCUUGCGUCGGCGGCGCCUGCGUCGCCGGCCCCGGCGCCACCAGCAGCGGCGGCGGCGGCGCCACGGCGACCCCGCAGCAGGCCUGCGCGGCGGCGCGCGCGCAGCAGCACGCGUGCUCUGCGGACCGCACGCCGCUUGUCGCGGCGGAUGGCGCAAAGCUCGGGUAUGGCGUCCCCGAUGGCGCCGAGUGCUACGAGUCGGCCUCCUUUAAAUGCUGCGCCGUGGCGAGCUCCGACGCGGCCGCGCCUCAGGUUGCGUCCAUCGUUCAGUCCUGCAAGGGCGCCGCGAUUUUCGAGAGCGCGGUGGCGGGGCUGGUCAACGGCACGACCGCUCUCCUCAAUUCGGUCUUCUCUGCUGGCAACAACACAACCGCGGCCGCCGCACCCGGCGCCGCCGGCGGGCAGCAGCCGGCGCUGCUCACGCCGCUGCUGCAGGGGGUCGCAGGCAUGGUCACCAACAUGUCUCAGGCGCUGCUCGCGCCGCUCGGGAUCCGGGUCAACUCAACCAGCCCCGAGGCGCGCGCGGCGCGCGCGGCCGCGCCGCCGCCGCCGCCGCCGAGCUACCUACAGUAUGUCAACAGCGCCUCCCCACGCGGCAGCUUCGCGGCCGCGCUGGUUGGCAGCGCGCUGCUCCUGGCGCUGGCGCUGUGA